CCACCUACUUCAAUUGUUCCCAUAACUCUGGUAACAGUCAGAAAACUUUCCAGCUAAACGUCGGAUAACACUGCAUGUAACUCACAGCAUUCUAUAUUGUGAUCAUCAUAACAGCCAAGGCUACCUAAAAGAAGACGCACUUGGCUGGCAGCUUUUUAUCUUUCUCUUGAGCGUUUGAAACUCCAGGCUCCCUGCCUUCCUGGUACCAUGGAUAAAGUCCAGUACCUCACUCGCUCUGCUAUAAGAAGAGCUUCCACCAUUGAAAUGCCUCAACAAGCACGUCAAAACCUCCAGAACCUAUUUAUCAAUUUCUGUCUCAUCUUAAUAUGUCUCCUGCUGAUCUGCAUCAUAGUGAUGCUUCUCUGAAGUUCUGCUGCAACCUCCAGCGCUGCCACUUACUGCCAUCAGCUUAAAAUCUGUCAUCCCAUGAAGAAGGGGAAACAAUACUAUAUAAGAGACCACUUCCUAAAUAGAAGAAUUUCUUUGUGAAAAGGUCGAGAUUUGGAACAGAGCAAAUUGUUAGCAAACGUAUUCAUCUGCUGGAUGUUGUAAACAUAAGAAGGGCUUUAUUUUCAAAAAUUAACUUUAAAGUGACUAUAAUGUAAGUGUGCAUAAUGUAACUGUUAAUUUUCUAAACAGACCUUAAGCUUCUAUCCCAAAUCUUUCCUAAGGAUGAACUAGGAGUUUAGUUUUGAAACCACACUGCUAAUAAGCUCACUUCAUAUAUAAAGCAUCAGCUUCACUCUUUGGGAUAAAUAUAAUUUAUAUUGUACUGUAAAAGCCUCUUGGAUGAUUUAUUGAGUAUUUUUCAGGUAAUGAUUAUUACCAAAAUAAUCAUUCAAAUGAAAUAUCAUAUGAAAUAGCCCUCAUAUCUGUUAUCUUGUUUAUCAUCAUACAGAAGUCUCCAUAGUAACUCUACACUCUAAAACAGAAAUUAUACUUUUUCUGCAAUACCCUAACAUUUUAAGUUUAUAAGAAUUGAGUAAAAUCAAGUAAGACCAUACCCUUAGAUAGAUAAAACAACUAAUUUUCUCAAAGAAUUACAGAAUUUUAAUAUGUGCAGGUAAACCAUAAAUCUGUUCUCACCAGGACUUUAUGAUCAAUAGACAAGAACUGUUGGUUAAUUUAACAUCUGACAGUGUGAUUAGCCAUAAUUACUAACACACUAACAGAAUAGAACCUAAUCUUCAUUUAAAGCACUAUAGCUAAUUACCUGAGUUAGAGCACAUAACUUGCCACUGGAAUCAUAAAAUUUUAAGAUUAGAAUGAUGUUACAGGUUGUCUUCUAUUUUAAUCUCACACUCAUUGUAGGCAAGCAAAAAAAGAAAAAAUAUUACUUCAAGCAUUAGGAAAAAAUAAUUUAACUCUUUCUCCAAAAUCAACAAAUUCUUAAAGUAAAAUUUUUAUCCCACUACUGUUCAUGAUAGGGUAUAGCUAUUUUCCUUAAUCUAUCAACCAGGUUGUAAACACCUAAGUGGUAGGCCACUCUACUACACUAACCAGCAAUACUAAUCUACAAUGAUUUUCUUGCUGAAUACAUUUCAAGUUUCUCUUCAUUUAAAAAUAUCUUCCAACUACUCAUAGAACAAUAGAAGUAAAAAUUGGUCAUUUAAAAAUAUCUUCAAACAACUCAUAAAACAGAAGCAAAAACUGGUUUGGAAAAUAUAUUCACCAAAAUGUGGUACAUUGACUUAGUUUAAAAUUAAGUCUAAAACAGUUUACACCUAUAUUACACAAUUCAACAGUUUUUACUACAGUUAAAGACAUACUACCAAUACAGUAAUUAUUAAAGGAGUAGAUAAGGAAUAUGUAAUUUACUAUAAAAUUUGCCAAAAUAUGGCAAAAAAAAAAAAAAUUGGAAAAGUCAAUCUUGACUAUGGCUUGUAACACAAAUGCUACUAACAAAAUAGUGAAAGAAAUAUUACUGCUUUUUUAAAAUCCCUGAGAGGUACUGGAGAUAGAAAGGGGGAUAAUGUUGGUUCACUGAUAUCUGAGAACAGAGGUUUCAUACUGAGAGGGAUUUCUUAAGUGAAGUCUCAUCUAUGGAUUGGAUAUCCCUAAUAUCAACCAGAAGAGCUUAUAAACAAGAAGUAAUUAAUGCAUUCACUUCACUGGUGUCAAUAAUUACCCAGGCAAAAAGUAACCAAGUUCUAUAAGUAAUUAGCUGCAAUGAUCCUAAAAACAAGUGGAAAUUUUGAAAUAAUAGGUUCUAGCCUUUUCAUUAUGUUGUUCAUUACAAACAUCAACUUUAAAUCAUAAACUGAGAGGUUAUGGAGCUUUUCCAAAGUCAAACAGAAAUAAGAAUUGUUUUGUUGUUCAUUCUGUCUUUAAUAGAAAUUAAAACCUUAUACUUAAGGAUUACAGAAUACUGUAACUCAAAUUAUAUUGUAAAAUAAAUACUCAUUCUUAAAAUGGGACUUAUUUAUUCUGUUUAUCAUAAUCUGUAAAGAGCAAGAUACAAUGAAUUAUGUAUUUUAAAAACGUAUAUACCAAAUGCUCAAAUUCUAACCUUACUUUACAGGGAACCAAAAUGGAACUAUUUUUUAAAUGUUUAAUGUUGCCUUUUAUAUUAUUUGGUUCAAAAUGUUUAUUUAAUUCAAAUCACCUACAUUAAAAUGAACCUUCUUGAACUCAG